UAAUGUACAAAGGCAUGUUUUUAUCGCGUACGUAUAUAUCUCUGUGAUUGUGAGGAUUCGUUCAUUCUGUGCGACAGCAUCCGACACUACCAGAGGUCGCCAACCUCAAACUACCAAAGGCAAAACUACUAGAUCUACACCUUUGGUACUUCGAUAAGUCAACGGGGGAAUCUUACAACAACAACAACAACAAUGGCUGCGCCCAUGAAGAUUUGGUGGGCAUCACACAGCCCACUUCAGAGGGUACUGCAGCAAUGCCUGUUUCGGGGCAGUCUGACCGCUGUCCGCCAGACUUCAAACAGCAGUAGUGACAGGGAUGGGCCUCCUGCCUGGGCUGCACAGGACACACCCACUGGGCGGACAUUCUCUGCUUUAUACUUUGUCAGGACAAGCGAUAAACAACAUUGGAAAAGACGAGGUGAAGUAGUGAACAAACCAUGGAGAGAUAUUAUCAUGAACUACGGAGAAAGAAAGAAGCAAACUGCAGAAAUAAUACCCAUGGACGAGAGGCCCAAGUUGUUAAUGGUUCAACGAGUGAGAACAACCAAGGGAAGGCCUUAUUACGAGUUAAACUGGCUGGAUCAGCUUGGAAUAAAAGAGUACAAAAAGCCAUACAUCUUAAAAAACAAGGAGAACACCAACAAAAUUCUGAUGAAGGUUCGACACCUUGUGGAGAUAUUACCAGUCACAUUCCCAUAUGGGCCACCGGAAUCUGAUGAUGAUCUAGACCACUGUUACAUGUGCGACAAUGGGGAAUUCAUCGUUAAAAAGAGGCUUAAAGCUACGGCGCAGAUUCAAGGAGAAGUACCUGUCACUAACCAGAUAGCAGGGGAAGUACCAGUCACGGACCAAAUUUCUGAAAACAAAUAUGAAAUCUCCCAAAAGCUUCUAGACAAGACUGUGGAGCACAAGAAAAUGAAGCAUCAGAUACACCAGGAAUAUUAUCAGACUAAAUACAUAUAUGAAUAUAAUCAGGACAAAAAGGAAUGGCGCUACAAAGGCAACAAGAAUAUCGGUUAUGCCUAUACCUGGCAUUAAUUGCAUAUUGGAGAAGCAGAUGAAGAACAAACUGAUGUUAACAAAUACAUUUAACAUGUUAUGAAUAAAACAAUCCAUUUA